GGAGUUGUAACAUGUAAAGUUGUAACGAGCUACUAAAUUUUGUGAGCCAGGUUGAGUCACAGUGUGUAAUCGAGUCGAGUUAAUUAGAAUCACAAAUAAUGGAACACAAUACAACAAAUGAACACGAGAAAUUCUUUGGCCUUUUAUUAAUUUGAGAGCUAGGGGGCCCACUUGAUGACAUUUACUCUUCGUGAAAAUGGAAAAAAGGUGCCAUUGCCUGUCAUCCAGUGAAAGAGGCAAAUUUAAUCCACAACAACUCCCAAACCUACAUGUCAUUACAUUCUCUUUCUUAUUAGGCUUAUGUAAAUGUGGGCUUUUUUGUAUUUGUGAAAUCAGGGCAUAAAUGUAGCUGGCAUUCUGCCAAGCAUGACAAGAGCCUUACGUAAAAAGAAAUCAGUAAGACACUGUGAUGAUGAAACUAAGAACUGACCAUGUGACAUGUACGUGUACAUGUGUGGUUCCGGGAUAGCACUACAGAAUGACAAGAUGGAGGCCGGAGGAAGGACAAGGGUGGCUGCUGAAUGUAAGAUACCGUAUUAGGUACAUGACGUGACCAUGAUAAACCACCACCACGGUCACCGGCAGCUCGCUUUGUUCUCGCUGGGUUCUGUGGUCCCUCCUGAUUGGCUGACACCAUCCUUCAUAAGAUGCCAAUACAGGACCUCAUUCCUCAGUCUCCCGGUGACUCUGUAGACGUCGCUGGCCAGAUCAAAAUGGAGCUGGAUGCCGAAAACUCAGACAUGAAUGACCUGGAGGGAGAAGAAGACUUGAAGGAUGAAACUUGCGACCCAGACAACCCCAUCGUUGUGAAGUUUCAAGAUGUGAGCGCUGCUGCCUACAAGAUAAAGAGCGGAAUCCACCGGACACCUUGCCAGAAAUCCCAGAUCUCCAGCCUGGUAGGCAUGGAGCUCUUCUUCAAGAAAGAGUUCCUUCUUCCCACUGGCAGCUUCAAAGAGCGUGGAGCUCGCAACACUCUCCUGACACUGUCAGAGGAGCAAAGACUGAAGGGCGUGAUCGCAGCAUCGGCAGGGAACCACGCCCUGGCUCUGUCCUAUCACGGCCAAAGCCUUGGUGUCCCAGUAACCGUCGUCAUGCCGAUCAUUGCUCCAAUCAUGAAGAUCAACAGGUGCAAACAGAAUGGAGCCACGGUGAUCAUCCAUGGGCAGGACCUUGGUGAGUCCAAGACAUACGCCUUACGACUCAGCAAGAGGAAAGGCAUGACGUACAUCAAUGGGUACGACAAUCCACAUAUCAUCGCGGGACAAGGCACCGCUGGAUUAGAGAUUGUCGAACAGGUCCCUGACCUGGAUGCCGUUAUUGUUCCAGUGGGAGGGGCCGGUCUCAUUGCUGGGAUAGCACUUGCUGUGAAAAGUCUAUCCCCAAGGACCACCAUCAUUGGAGUUGAAGCAGAACAGUGUCCGAGUUUUUCAGCCGCGUUGGAUGCUGGUCAUCCCAUAUGGACUAGGUCCGGUCCCUCAUUGGCUGACGGUCUUGCUGUGCCAACAGUCGGUGUGAAUGCAUUUGUCACGGCCAGGAACUAUGUAGAUAAGAUGGUGGUUGUCAGUGAGGACCUAAUUGCUUUGGCCAUCUUGAGGCUAAUCGAGAUGGAGAAGGCUGUGGUGGAGGGGGCUGGAGCUGCUGGUGUGGCUGCCAUCCUUGGGGACAAGCUGCCAGAACUCAAGGGCAAGAAGGUCGCCAUUCCGCUGUGCGGGGGAAACAUAGACACCACGGUCCUGGGCCGCGUGCUGGAGCGAGGCCUGGCUGCAGACGGCCGCCUUGCUCGCUUUGUGGUGACCGUCAGUGACAGGCCGGGAGGCAUCACAGAACUUGCCACCAUCAUCAGCUCCAUGGGCAUCAGCAUUAAAGAUAUAUUCCAUGAGAGGGCUUUUCUGAAGAGUGAAAUCUUCAAUGUCCAGGUUAAGUGUGUGGUGGAGACGCGGGACCAGGAACACUCAGAUGAAUUGUACCGGGCACUCAAGGCCCACUACCCCAGCGGUCGGAUCAUCUGGGGACCCCACUGCAUUUAAACUUGAAAUUAAUAGUCAAACUUCUUACAGGUUUUUCCUGUAAUACCCAUAAAAGUUAUACUUAAAUGUCCCUGAAACACAAUGUUAAGCAACAAAAUAAGUAGAUGAUAAACAUUUAUAGUCAAAUUCUGCCAUAGUCUUACCAUUUCUGGGGCCGAUUUCAUGAAACUCAUCUUAUCUUGCAACUUAUCUUAGGGCUGAAGAUGAGUGCCAACUCUAAGAUUGAUCUUUGCUAAGAAAAUUCGAAGAUCGAUUUCACCAAACUCAUCUUAAAAAAGAUGGGUCAUUACUAGAAAUUUGAUGGUGGUUUCAUGUUUCGUUGUACCCUUUCACGAAAACAGUCGUUGAAAAUAAAGGGAAAGCCAAAAUAUGAAUGUGUGGCAGAACAAUUGACUCAUGUAUGCUUCCAAUCAUUUUGAUUAUUCCAUUUUAAAGUGACGAAUAGGAUUUCCUGUACCGCUAUAUUUUUUUUAGCAUUUUGCUUUAAUUAAAACUACCUAAUUGUAAGUGAUAACACUUUUCAAGUCUGUUUCUGCGGCUAGUUUUCAUCCAACAAAACUGUUACAUGUAUAGCUCUAGGACAAUACCUCGACAAUUAUGUGUUGAUGAGAUAAGACGACCCUCAGACCAAUCUUAAGUUAGGAAGAAUUCCUGAAGAAGUUAGGACUUGUUGAACACGUCCUCAAGUUUAGUGAAGUUGAUCCUACGAUGAGUUGUAAGAUUAGACAAGUUACCCUUCUUAAGACACGUCUCAGUGUUUUAUGAAAUCAGCCUCAACCCCUGGUGUUUUUACCCCAGCCUUUUCAUUUACCGUGAUUCAAGGGAACCAAUUUUUUUUAGGUUUUGCAGACUCAGCUCAACUGAUAAUAAUACAUUUAGGUUUUGCAGACUCAGCUCAACUGAUUAUAAUACAUUACAUGUACCAUUGACUGAGUGAGACAAAUUUCAGAGAUUUUUUUGGGGGGGGGGUUGGCUAAAUACAUACCCUUUACACAUGUACAAUGUGUUGGUGAAGUUUCUUUCUGCAGUUGUAUGAUUCAACAAAUGUCAUAGACUCUUGGACUUGUAAACUUGUGAAAAUAAUUCCUCAGUGUAUCCUCAUUCCUAAACUCCUAUUGGAUCCCCAGUUUCAAAAAAGAGGGAGAAAAAAAGUGUGUCUCAGGUUUCCUUUUUGUAAGUGAGGGGAUAACCAGGGGAGGGGAUGCUAAACAGGGGCCUUGGUCCCCCCCCAAAAAAAAGAGCCAAAAAAAUUAAAGGGAAACCUUUUUUUAGUCUGUUUCAUUUCCAUUCUUUCAAAAAGGGUGUAAAAAGUCUCAAAAUGUAGCCUCUCUCCCUCCCAGAAAGGCCAGGUUACAUGAAGAAAUGUCCAAGUAUUUUGCUCCCCCUUCUAAAUUUUGGUGCGGAAUCCGCCCUUGUUUGUAAGAGACAUAAAACCAUGAUCAAGUCAGAUGUAACUUAGUAAAGACAUAUUACCUUUGGCUUUGGUCUUAUUGCUCACUGAAUAUCGUGCCAUAAAUCUAAGCUUUGCAUUUGCUCUUGAGAUGUGUUUUUUUUUUCUUCAAGUAAAACUGUCAGUAUCUGACGAUGUGAGAUAUGUAGUUGUAUUAACACGCGUUAAUGAAAGAGGGCAGUAUUUUGUUUUGCUACAUUAAAAGUCAUGCUCCACAAACUGAUUUUGAGCAUGGACCCUGACAGAAAUCUUGUCGCAAGGUUUCAAAUUUGAUAACCAAUCAAGUAUAUGUCCCUUCUCUGCUAUAUGAUUGCAUUAGGCAUUUUGUGAAACACAAUAGAGUACUUUGAAGUAAACUGCAAUAUUGACUCUAUAUUUCUUGCAGAAAGAUGAAAAACUCUGAAAUACGUAUACCCAUAUCUGGGGAUUUUAUUUUUCUUUGCCUUUGAAAUAAUGGGGAGUGAACUCAACUUCAUUCACAAGGACAAAAGUAAUAUUGAAAUAUAUCUCUUUAUAUUCAAGUACGUUAGUGUACGGAACACUCUGCUGAAAGACUCAAACUUCUGAAUUAGAGCCACAGGCUCACUAAAGUGCUAGGCCUUGUUUCCAAGUCUCUUCCCCGUAAGAUGAGCUUAUUGAAACUUUGUGUUAAAAUCAACAGACUUGGUAGAGUAUCAUUUUUUACUCCAGCAUAGCCAAUACAAAUGAUGCUCGGCAUUUUAAGCCUGGAAAGAAGACCAACAGAAGGCAAUAAUUAUAGUUGGUUUACCUACAAAGAGGUGGACUGUUUUUACCUUAACAUGUAUUAAUAUUUGAAAAGGUUGAAAAUGUGAAUUAUUUCGCAGACUUUGUAUUUGACAUAUUUAGAAAUGAGAAACUAAGUAAGAGUAAUGAGAAUUUCUAAGUUUGGUUUCCAUUGUGAUUUGUAUGAUAUACCAUGGCUUCUUUCAUGUAGUAAUACAUUUCAACUAUUUAUUCUAGAUCAGGAAUUCCUUCUCGUGUGUGACAUUUAAUAAAAUCCUUUGAAUGUUUUCUUCGCAUUUUGACCAUUUACAAAUAUUGGACACACAAUAGAAGUUUAAGUUUUCAAUUUUUGGGGGUGUGAAAAACACAGGAUCUCCUUAGGACAAGGGAUUUAAAAUGACGCCUGUGACACUUCUCUUUUGAAAUGUAUUGUCAGGGUAUAAAGAUUAACUUGAGUGCACAUUGCAGUACUUAAGGUUGUCGCUCUUUCGUACGGACGGGCAACUUUACAAAAGUGAGAACUGUUAAAAAGCAUGGUUGCCAAACCAGAUCAUCUUUCUUUCAGUUUUGGUAUGGUAUGUCAGGGCAUUUGGUAUGUCAGGGUGUCUUACAAAACUCUGAUUCUUCUGUUUUUGUAUUGUGUCACCCACGGUACUUUUUGAGCGAGCAUGGACAUCUGAGUACAUCCAUGGCAGGAACAGGUGUGCUACGUUGUUUGUUGUAUACCAGUGAGCUGUAUUAAAUUUUGAGUACUAACUGCUCAUUUCCCUGUGCAGAGAAAUCAAAUGCAGGUCUAUUAAAUUAUUGUGUUUGUAGAACAUCAUGAAAUAGGAUGCAACAAAUUCCCAAUAACGUACUCUGAAUGUAACAAGCACAGCAUAUGCAAAUAAUAAGUGCAUUUUCCAUCGGUGGUGUGAUUUAUUAAAAAGCCUUGGCAAACUUCAUCUGCAGAGCAUGCGCAUAAGUUUGCAUUCUUUACACAGAGUAAAACAAAAUGCUCAUUUACUAAAUGCGCAUUUUGGUUUUGGGGAUAGCAGCUUUGAUGACGCAUUGUUUUUAGAAUUCAGCUGCGGAUAUGCAAAUAGCUGUGCACAUGUACAAAAACUGGAGUUACCCACAGGUUUGUGGACCAAGAUGGAUGUGUCCAAAAGGCGUCACUUUUCUAGGCAAAUGAGCUCACUCAUAGCUUAAUUAUAGCUCUUUGAGUGAUACUAAAUGGGAGAUGGUCUCAGAGUUGAAGCUUUGAGAUUCACCUCAAUUUAUUUGUAAACUGCUUGAAAGCUUACAGUGUAUGUUGUGUUGGCAAGGCAGCCUUAAGAACUUUUCUUUAUUAGUAUUUAAAGCUAUCUCUCUGCCAUUGUGAAAAAUUUGAUUUGUGUAAAUAACACUAUGAGCAUACAUUUGCAAGUCUGCUUGGAAGGAGGUCGUGGGUUUGACUUCCGCCCAAGGAAGCUUUCCCUUUUUUUUUUAACAGGUUCUCGGAAAUCACUGAGAAUACGGUGCCCAAUAAAUUAUUUUGGCCAAGGGCAAUUAAAUAUUUAACUCCAGGACACAAUAAAGAUUAGAACCAAACAUUUAUAUAUUAAAAGUAUUUGGUUGGGUUAUUGAUAUGUAUUUGUGUAAAAUAAAAUCAUUUAAAGAAAAUCAACAUUUUCACACAAUGGUAUGCAGGGUAAAUUAAGUCCGUCUCUGUGAUUUUAUACAGUGCUCAACAUGGCAAACAAUGCACCUGGUUCAGCAAACAUUUAAACAUUUUUGAGGAUUUUAUAUUGUUCUGUUCCGUAGUUAUAUGGACUGUUAUUGGUUUUUUUCAGUGCCUACUAGCAAAGAAACUUUCCUUUGUCAGGAAAUUGGAAAAAACUGUAGCCCAGGUAUUUGCAGUGUGCUCAAAAUAGUGUGUUCCUUGCAAAGCUGAAAGCCGCAUCUUAAGUGAAUGGCUGCAGCUGGAAGUAAAGCAUGUGUCUAUAGGGAGUAGCCACAGCCUCAAGCUUGUGGCUUCCACAAGGGCUUGAAUUAAUUCCAGCUGCAGUCACAGGGUGGUUUGCCCAGGAGUUUCAAGAAGAAUGGCAUCUUUGGAACUAGAAGUUUUGUCCUUGAAAUAGAAAUUCGCUUCACUCGUGGGCUUUCUCUUUCAGCCAACAGUGUGGUGGAUUGUUGUCAUGGUUUGUCAAUAGGAACACCCAUGACAAAUCUGGUGGUAACAUGUAGGAAAAGAUGCUAAUCUGUUUAUAGAUUUUCCCAAAUAUUUGCACAGACCCAAGCUCCAAAUCUCUACCUUGUGCAUCUGUUAAGCGAAUUGGAACAAACUCUCCAAAAAUGUGCAAAUUUUUACAAAUUUCAGUCAUGUAUUAGUACCUGAUUAGAGAGUAUCAAAGUGUGACGUCAUUUGGAACCAGGUAGUGCAGUGCAAACGAAUGGAGUACAUAUGCAUUCUGGUUCACACGCCGGUACUCGCAUUAGUACCUUUUACACAGUUAAUUAUGCACAUGACGUGUUCACUUUGGAACUCGAUAUCUAAGGACUUUAAUGCAUUCUUCAGUGACUAGCACUCGACUAGUACACAGACUUUUGCAUUUUGAACUUUUUUGAUAAACUACCUGAAAAAGAUGUGCUAGUCAAUGCAUCUGUGCGCUUCCGUGGAGCUGGAACUUACAUGUUGGCCAAAUAUUAAACUGUGUGAAAGUUCCAGCAAAACAUAUACAACAUUUAUCAUAGAUUGCUACCCUCAAACUUGAGGGAAAAUUGUUUGGAGAAAUGUGACAGUUUGAGUGUAUUCUACCACUUGUCAGAAUUCAGCCUGUGACUCCAACAAAAUGUGAAAGAAAUUGUAGUACUGUAUGGCAGUGGUGUUUGGAAAGUGAAGCAUUUAUGUCUGAAAGGAAAAUUCACUUCUAACGCAAAGGACUUGUUUUUUUUUAGAUUUAUCUCAGAAUAUUAUUUCAAUCCGCAUUUGUGGGUGCUUUGUACAUCAGUUUACAUUACAAUUCAGAUGUUAUCAAUAGUGGGUAAUAGCCUAAUCUAUUUGCUGAUGUGUGGAGACAUAGCUAGUUAAUAAUUACAGUUUUAUUUAUAUAUGGAACGGCUUUGUGGAAAAAGUAAUAAAAGAAAAUAUUUUUGAAAAUUA